UAGGACCUCUGUACCUCAGUACAAGUUUUUUUAUGGCUCGAAAGCUGAACUUAACUGAACUUUCGCUUAGCCAAGACACCAUUUCUCCUUUUUGUAUGUUACCUGUACAUCACUGCUGACCCGUACUGCUGCCGUUGUUACUGGUCAGUAUGUUGUCAGCCUUAUCUAAUCCCCGUUGUAGGUCUUCCUGGUUUAUCGUCAAUGCAACGUCCAAAACACAAUAUUCUCCUUUUCACCGGAAAGCCGGGGAUCGGAAAAACUACUGUAGUAUCGCGACUAGCCACUCAGUUGUCCAAGCAUGUGGGUGUUCAUCUCACUGGGUUCUUCACGGAAGAAGUGCGGGUGAAAGAAGUGAGCAGGCCGCCGCGCCGAAUCGGAUUUGAUGUUGUCUCACUGGAACACGACACGAAGAACCGAUCACUAGCUCUGAAUGAACGAGCCCCGCUGGCCCGGAUACACCCGACUUCGACGAAAGACCUUCCGCGCGUUGGUCAAUACGUUGUGGAGUUACAGUCAUUUGAAGCCAUAUGCGUUCCGUGCUUAAAGAGUGUGUUGGAAAAAUGUCAACGGUCCCUCGUUGAUGAAAGCAUGCCAGGAAACAUGCAAACUAAUAUCACCGUUUGUGUGAUCGAUGAGAUUGGCAAAAUGGAACUGAUGUCGAACUCCUUCAAACGCUUAGUCAGUGACCUCAUCGACCGAAUAUCGAAGACACGACAAACUGUCCUUGUGGCCACAAUCCCCUCAGCCCGGUUACCGGAUGGGCGACGUGGAAUCCCGUUUGUAGACGAACUGUGUUCCCGACCAGAUGUUGAUCUUACUGAAGUGACGUAUUCAAAUCGCGCGUUUUUGCCGGAUCAAGUAUACCAGGCAAUAAUUUCCCGACUUCCCGCGUGACCUUCGUGAUUCUCGUGUCCCAUUUUCGAUCUGUUAA